AUGGAUCUGAUUAAUAGGUAUGUACAUCUAUUUAAUAUGUGAUACUUGAUUGAUUUUGGUAUAUUAAGUGGACACAUGUUCGUAUAUUCAAAUUACUAUACGCUUGAACGCUUCGCUUUGUUAGACUUGUUAGGGGCGACGUCCAUAUUCAAGUUGCCACGCAAAACGUCAAAUUGACGUUUUGCGUGGGUGGGUGGGUUAAAACUGUAGUGCUGUGACGUUUUUACCGUGGCAAUAUGAAUAUUUUCCAAAACUACAACGCUAUAAUUAUAUAAUUUAAUUAUGUAGAAUAUAUAUUAAAAAUAACCGUCAAUAUUUAUUAAAAUAGUAUCAAUACGCGAUGGAAAAGUUAAUAUAUUUACACUAUUUUAUCAAUAUUGCAUAUUAAAAAAGAACUUACGUGGUAGAAUUUUUGUCUUUCUUGUUUCCUACAUAUUUAUACACGUUUAUAAUAUUAACCCAGAGGAUAUAUUAAAAGGUAUAUAUAAAACUUUCAUACUUGGAGCGUUCAAACCCAAUCUAAGUUUUGAAAUAUUCAUUACGUCACACUUGACGUUUUCAAGGGUGGGUGGGUGGGUUGUCAUAAAAACAUCAAUUUGACGUUUUGCGUGGCAACUUGAAUAUGGACGUCGCCCCUAAUAGAUAUAUACGAGAAUUUACUCAAUUUAGGUCACUUCAGUUGGCCACCCAGUUGAGACUUCGAAAUUACAGAUUUACUUGUAAUAUUUUUGUUGUGCUUUAGAUAUGAAAGUGACUCAGACGAGGUGGAAGUAGAAGGUAGACAAUUGUGUAUUUACAUAUUUGAAGGGUAUAAAAAGUGGAUUAUAUAAUUAUUUAAACUAGAAAUACAUGUCCCUGGACCCCUGGUUUCUUAACAUACGAACUAUAUAUUGCACUGACGUCACAAAUCCUUAGAGUGUCCUCCAGAUGCUUCCUAUAAACAAUAUCUGUUCUGGUACAACCACCACCACAUACAGCGCAAAAAUUAACCAUUUUAAUACAAAAUUAUUAUAAUUUUUUACAAAUUUGCUUUGUUUACAAAAGUUUUAUUAUGCAUAUAUUAUUAUGACUAUUAUAGAUUGCUAAUUUGCCCUCCAAAUGCAUUGUCACCGGCGCUGUGACGUCAUGUGCAUGCAAUGGGUAUAGAGUGCAUGUUCACAAAAUCUAUGUAAUUACAUACGUUGCUAAAUAUAAUAUGUUGUAAGAGAUUGAUUGUUUAUUAUGUCUCAGGAGGGGGGCGAUGGUAUUUCUUUAAAAGAUAUCAAAAUAUGCACCCCCUAUAAUUUUUAGAACUAAAAAUGACUCCUUUGUUUAACUAUACAGAUUAAAGAUAUACCCCCUCCAUCCGAAAAAAAAAUGGAAUGGGCAUCUCUAGGCAUAAAACAUUCCAAUUGUGAGGCCUGGUGACAAGGAAGUGCCAAUAGAAAAAUUGGGCACUAGUUUACCACCGUUAGACAAUUUCUCCAUGGAUCUCGUUCAUAGCCAUAUUUAAAAAAUUACCCCCCCCCAAAAAAAAAGAAAACCACCGCCCUGAGACGUAAUAAACGAUCGGUCCCUACAUAUAAUAAACUAGCUCGAAGUUAACCCUGUUGUACUACGUUGACAGUGCAAAUACAUUCUGAUCAGCCUAGUCCCAGUCGUUAUGAAGCAAGCGCGAAAAAAAACGUGAAUGUAGUACGAGACUGGGACCUAGGCGGACCUCACAGCUAAAGGUGCUUCAGAACUCCUAGUAGAUUUCAGUAUUUUUGAUAUGGCGGAAAAUUUGUAUAUAAUAUACAAAUAACCUUGUAAAUACGACAAUGUUUGUUGAUCAUGUUCGAUGUUUACAUAACCAAAUUGAAACUGUAUUAAAAAUGUACUCAAUCAAAAAAAUGAUAUACAAAUUUACGAUACUGAGUCUGAGCAAUGGUAGAAUGUUCAAAACAGUUUUGUCGUAUAAUCGUUGAUGUUAUUUAUAUACUCGCAAGUUGCGAUCAACACUAGACAAUACUGGUAUACGCAACUACGCUUUCUACUUGACAGGUUUAAGUAGCUAAGGAGAUUGGAAAUAUUUGCCUGACAUGACUGUGUUGUCAAAACAUUUUUAGUCGAAAACUCGGCAUAAUUUUCAAGCUUCUAGAUAGCAUUUAAUGGCUUUAUAUUUUAGUAAACACGAGUCAUAUUUAGCCCGUUAUUCCAUUCUGACCGCAUGGUAGCGAAACGUAGCCUAUUUCAUUGUUCCGAGAGCAUUAGAGCGAAACUAAUGACUUAAUUAUAAACGCAAAGGAAAUUUCCACAACUUUUUCUAUUUACAAAUGUGGUAUGCUUGGUACCCAAGCCAGGGACCACUUUUUUGAAAUCAGGGAUCAUUUUACCGAAAUCUGCUAACCCAGGCAUAAAACUUUUAGGACUUAUUAAAAUAUAUCAAAGCAGCGUACAGAGAAAGAGAGAGAGGCUGGGACUAGGCUGCAUCCUGAUAUCUUUACCAAAUUUUGUUCGUGUCAUCCAACCUCGUACCCAGUACUGUAAAAGUGGGGAGGGGGGGGGUCGCUUGUGGGCGGAGCCCCCCUUAUUCAAACUCUGGGGGGCUGAGCCCCCGUUUUACUUUAGAAAAUCGAAAAUUUAUUAUGUCACAGAGGAGCUUCAGUCAUCUGGCGAUACUAAAUACCGAAUGUACUCAUGUCCCAGAACGACAAGAGAAAACGUCAUUUUGGUUCAUUUACGGAGCAGAAUCUCUGAUACAAUCUCAACAAAAAUAUUUAGUUUUGGUUUUAAAAAACUCCAGCAGAAUUAGUCAGACUUUUGAAUUAUAUUUAGUUUCGACUAUCACAGACUUUUUAAAAUACGUUAGUUAUUCCUUGCACAUAAUUAUGUAGAUUAGUUCAGUCUUCAUUAGUACGCUGGACAGGUGUUUGUUUUCAUUUAUUAUUUUCUUGUCAUGUAUUAGUGGGCUUGCACUUUCCAGAAAAAACAUUUCUAAGAAAGAAAAGGACGAUAAGUAUGGAAAAUGCAAUUUAAAUUACGCUUUAAUAAAGUAUUAAAUUUCGAAGAAAAAAUCUAUUCAAGGAAAAUGUACUAAGCGAAUAAAUUUUACCCUUAUAUAAUGGCUUGCUUAAGACUCGUUCAAGAAAUUUUUAAGAGAAACUAGCAGGUUUUAUUGCAUUUCCGGGGCUCUGAGAAGUCUCAGAUUUAAAAAUUUCCCGGACCUCCCAGUCCCAGAAGGCUCAUGCCUUCGGCGUUCGCUAGCCCCCCCCCCCUCCCCAUAAAAAAUGCCGCCCGGUAAGGGCUAUAGGUUUACCCCUGGUCACCCCUCGUCAUCGUAUGGCUCACCCCUGGUUGUCAUAUGACGUCACGUUUUUUUACGAUUUCACGGCUUCACGCUCCUCAAGAGAGCCCCCCCUCUGGUAAAUUCAGUUCUACAGCACUGCUCGUACCCAGACUCUUUCCACUACGUUCCAUCAAGUACUAAAGUCUAGCAUUUGUUCCAGGUCUAGCUUGUGCGAUAUUCAGUAUUUUUUGAAAAAUUUGAAUACUUUUCUUGGUGUUUAUAGGCAAAUUAAAACCAUUUGCAUAUUUUCUAGCAAAUUAAAACCUCGCGUAAAUGUCAAAAACAUAAUACCUUAUUACCCUAACCAAAUUGAUUAAGAAAAAUAGAAGAAAAAUAUAUUAAAAAGCGGAAAAAUUUUGCAAUGUCAGUUUGGUAGAUGGAAACAAGUGAAAACCAAAAUAAAUAUUCCAGUCACGCACAUGCGCAUAAGGUACAGGCCUGUUAGAACAAUAGAAAUAUUUAUAGUCAGAAUGACUUUUCACUUUGCUGGUGUUCCCAUUCCUGGGUGUUGUACCCAAUAUUAGUAACUCUCGCAGGCUCGGGAAUAUAUUUUACAUUUUUAUUUUUUUAGAACUUAACAGUACUAAUGUCAGAAAUGAAAAUGCUGUUUCAGUCAUUAGGUUUGCUCUAUUUAAUAUUGCAAUUUAUAUUGUGAUCAUUCCAAGUCUGCUCAUCCAAUGACCAAUAUUAUAUGGUGAAAUGUUGCUUCUUCUCAGGGUAGGGCACGCCAUAUCAAUGUAGGGAUUUUGUUAAAUUAUUCUGACCUCAAUAUCAGGUGUGAUUUAUUGGAUAAUCGAAAAUUACACAGAAAUGCAAACAGAAGUAAUGUUUAUUUUAAUUUUAAUUUUUAGUGACAAUGAAAAUUAUGAUACUUUUGGUAAGUAAAACUUUUUUCAGUCACUCUGUAGACCACGUUCUGACAUCUGUAUACAUUAUAACUGAACAGUAACAAGAUAAAACAAGGUGGCAAAAACAGUCAGUAGAUUCAUGCAGUUGGUUUUUUAUAUAGUGACGAAUUUCGUUGCUUUGCAACAACCAUGCAUCUUUUCAGUAAUAGAUAACGGCUAUUAGCCAAUAGAAAUGCGUAAAGUAGUUUAAUAAUGAUUAAAUAAUUAUUAUUAACCAAUGAUAUAAUUAUUUUGAAUAAGUUUUCAGUAUUAAUUCAAAUAUGAUAUCACACAAGUUUCACAAUUCUACAUCUUUAUAUCUAGAAGAAUUCUCAGAUGAAAGUAUCGCUAUUGUUAGCGAUUCUGAAGAGGAACUGAGGUAGAAUUUAUUUACGAUUAUUCAGUUACGUAUAUGGCAGAUUAGAAUAAUCCAGCGUUCAUGUUAAUAACGCAUUUAAAUUUUAUGAUUUUGGAUCAGAAGAGUUGCCAAAUCAUUGCGUGCUUUUAAAUGUUUGUUUCUUUUUCCAUUUAGACCAUUGGAAUAUUACAAUGACAACCCAAAUAUUCCGUACUAUUCGAAGGGGAAAAAAGACUUCAAAAUGUCGGAAGUUCUUCAUGCCAUCCAACUUAGCGUUGAUGCUGACAGAAUAUGCGUCGAACGUCCGUUAGGUGUAACAGAAGACGCGUCCUUUGUGAUUGAUACGAGUAAGCUUGAAGCACGAAAAGAUUAUCUUGAGGACAAUACUGGCAAUUUUCGGAAUUUGGGACACUGUGGUACAGUAUUUACCGUAAAGAAUGACAAGAUUGUUAGUAUGUCCGCUAUGGAACGCUCAUUAAAAGAUCGACCGCCACUCAAACGUGGUGAAUUUUUGGUGAAAGUUGUCUACUGGGGACAUAAAAAGCACAAAGACUUCAAGAAACGUACUUACGAAGUUUCCAGUUUCCGAGGAGAAGGCGUGUUUGUCCUCGUACGUUAUUUGUUUGAAGAUGAAGCUCAUGAAGUAAGUCCGUGUAAGAAGAUGCGAACUAGCGAGGGAGCAAAACAAAAAAUACGUGAUCGUAUCAAAUCUCAUAAAACACCAAGCGCCAUUUUCGAUGAUUUGUUUGAGGAAGCAGGAGGUAUGGAAUUUGCCUGUACCGCUGACCUACCUCGGAGCAUUGGCCAAAUAAAAUAUGAGCGUCAUAAGCAGCGCAAGAAAUCUGAUAUCGACGAAAUGGCUACCUUGCUGCAACUGUCAAAACAAAACUCGUAUAUUCGUAAUCUUCAGUGGACUCCUCAUCCGCGAAUGGUCGUUUUAACUGAGAACGUUGUGCAAGAUGUUGUUGACUUUUGCACGAAUCCUGAAUCGUUUUCACCAUUUACUAUCGACACAACCUUUAAUGUCGGUCCAUUUUACGUUACUACAACAACGUACAAGCAUUUGAAGUUGGUGGAUGAAGUUGGGUUCCAAGAAAAGUCCGUCGCUUCCUGGUCCAGCAUUGUUUCACGCAAAACAAGAUACUGGGCAGUUUCUCUACUUUGCCCAAACGUUGCAAGAGGUAAACCAGGACAUUGGUGA